GAGAGAAGAAGAAAAAAAAAAGAAAGGGCGAAAGAAGACGCGCAAAGCAAACUAAAGUGGAGCACUGUAUUGACAAAAGAAGCUCUUUACUUUCUUAGAGCAGCUAAUCCCAUUUCACAUAUAUACUUCCCUCAACCUUUCUUCCCAUCGUCUCCUUGUCAAAGAACUUGCCAUUUGUUUCUCUUUCUUGGAACCAUCUUCAAGUGCUCCAUAUCAUUAGAAAAAAAAAAUGCUUAAACUCGGAGGCGUUCUCGUUUGUCUUCUGAUUGUGGCCAUGGAUGUUGCAGCAGGUAUUCUUGGCAUCCAAGCAGAAGUUGCACAAAACAAGGUUAAGCACUUAAGGCUGUGGAUAUUUGAGUGCAGGGACCCAAGCCAUGACGCGUUCAAGCUAGCGUUGGGUGCCGCAGCGCUGUUGACUCUAGCCCAUGUUCUUGCUAACCUGCUUGGUGGCUGCAUGUGUGUCUGUUCUCAAGAAGAUUUCCAGAGAGCAUCCCCUAACAGGCAACUUUCAGUGGCAUGUCUCAUUUUCACCUGGAUCAUAUUAGCCGUUGGGUUGUCCACUCUGGUGAUAGGGAUAUUAUCAAACAACAAAUCCAAGGCAUCCUGUGGUUUCACGCACCAUCAUUUCCUGUCGAUUGGAGGAAUUUUGUGUUUUGUUCAUGGGUUAUUUUCUGUUGCAUAUUACGUUUCUGCCACUGCAGCUAGUGACGAAGAAAAGUAAGAAAUGCUAUCUUUACGGGAACCCCCUUUUCCCCAACCCUCCCAACAACACUGAUCAUUGAUCAACAAUCGCUCUCGUCCUACAUGUAAAAGAAAAAACAUGUAUACAUCUUUGAAUGGCAUUAUAUCUUGCGGGACAGCUAAUAUUGCGAAACCUUUUCCCCCCUUUCACCUGUUUUUUUAGUUUAGUAAUUGAGAGUUUGACACAUUAGUCUAUUUCUCUUGAGAUGUGUGUCAUUUUGUUC